CCCAUAGGUUUGCAAUGAAUGGACAGAGACACGCUCCGAGAAACCCACGGGCUUGCGGUACGUGUGCUGCUGCCGGUGCUCUCUGCCGGCUGUCAGAGCUUGCUGCUGCCCCCGGCGGCAGGCCGCUCGGCGCUGAUGAAGCCCUAGCUCCUCGGGAAUGCUGGGAAUGUUGAGUCAGGGACUGGCAAGCCAGACAGCCAGGCUCGCAGCUGACUGAGGGAGACCCGCUGAGGGACAGAAAGACGAGGGACAGGAGCACACAAGCCUCCCCCGACUGCAGCGGGUUCCUUCUCUUCCUCCUCUCAUAGGCGUUCGGUUGCUCCGGCUCUCCCUGCUGCCUCCUUCCUCCGCGCAAGAGAUGUCAGCUGAACGUGAUGUUGUAAAAUCCAUGUGAGGACGAAAGACAGAUGCAAUGAUUUGAAAGGUCUCUGACUUUGGUGGAACAAUAGAUUUUUGCCUACUGGAAGAAUGCAGUGAAACUGCCAAUAUUUCUAGCCGGAAUUAUAAAUUUAAUAUUCAACUUUAGUGUUACUAAUUUCUUACUAAAUAGUACCUCAAAGUAGAAGAAAAAUGUAUGGAAGUGCAAGAACAAUCAGCAACUUAGAAGGAAGUCCCUCCAGGUCUCCUCGUUUGCCAAGAUCUCCUCGCCUGGGCCAUAGGCGAACAAAUAGUGGAGGAGGAGGAGGAACAGGUAAGACGUUAUCAAUGGAGAAUAUCCAGUCCCUUAAUGCAGCCUAUGCAACAUCUGGACCAAUGUAUCUGAGUGACCAUGAAGGUGUAGCUUCUACUACUUUCCCAAAGGGCACAAUGACUCUUGGAAGGGCUACAAAUCGAGCUGUGUAUGGUGGUCGAGUCACAGCUAUGGGGAGCAGUCCAAAUAUUGCUUCUGCUGGACUUUCGCACACAGAUGUCCUUUCUUAUACUGAUCAGCAUGGAGGUCUGACCACAUCUUCACACCAUCACCACCAUCAGGUUCCUUCUAUGCUGAGACAGGUUAGAGAUAGUACCAUGUUAGACCUGCAGGCUCAGCUUAAGGAACUACAGAGGGAGAAUGAUCUUCUCAGAAAAGAACUAGACAUUAAGGACAGCAAGCUGGGAUCCUCCAUGAAUAGCAUCAAAACUUUCUGGAGUCCUGAGCUAAAGAAAGAAAGAGUAUUGAGGAAAGAAGAAGCAGCCCGAAUGUCAGUUCUUAAAGAACAAAUGAGAGUUUCCCAUGAAGAAAAUCAGUUUUUGGAUGCCAGGAGAACAAAGCAUCUGCAAAUGACAAUCCAGGCACUUCAAGAUGAGCUUAGAACCCAGAGAGACCUUAAUCAUCUUCUCCAGCAAGAAAGUGGAAACCGAGGGGCUGAGCAUUUUACUAUUGAGCUCACAGAGGAAAAUUUUCGAAGACUUCAAGCAGAACAUGAUAGACAAGCUAAAGAGCUCUUCCUAUUGAGAAAAACACUAGAAGAAAUGGAGCUUAGGAUUGAAACACAAAAGCAAACACUAAAUGCCAGAGAUGAAUCAAUAAAAAAGCUUCUGGAAAUGUUGCAAAGUAAGGGUUUGCCUUCUAAAGGAAUGGAAGAUGACAAUGAGAGAACUCGAAGGAUGGCAGAGGCUGAAUCUCAGGUUAAUCAUUUAGAAGUGAUUUUAGAUCAGAAGGAGAAGGAAAACAUGCAUCUUAGAGAGGAAUUACAUAGAAGAACCCAACUUCAGCCUGAGCCAGCAAAGACGAAGGCUCUUCAAACAGUUAUUGAAAUGAAGGAUACAAAAAUAGCUUCACUGGAGCGCAAUAUAAGAGAUCUUGAAGAUGAAAUACAGAUGUUAAAGACAAAUGGAGUUCUGAAUACAGAGGACCGAGAAGAAGAAAUCAAACAAAUAGAAGUUUACAAGAGUCACUCCAAGUUCAUGAAAAAUAAGAUUGACCAACUGAAACAAGAACUCUCAAAGAAAGAAUCAGAACUUCUUGCCUUACAAACUAAGCUUGAAACCCUUAGCAAUCAGAAUUCAGAUUGCAAGCAACACAUUGAAGUGCUUAAAGAGUCACUUACUGCCAAAGAACAGAGAGCUGCCAUACUUCAGACAGAGGUUGAUGCUUUGCGGUUACGAUUGGAAGAAAAAGAAACCUUUCUGAAUAAAAAAACAAAACAACUUCAAGACCUCACAGAAGAGAAAGGAACCCUGGCUGGAGAGAUUCGAGAUAUGAAAGACAUGUUGGACGUAAAAGAAAGAAAAAUUAAUGUCCUUCAAAAAAAGAUUGAAAAUCUACAGGAGCAACUUAGGGACAAAGACAAACAACUAACUAAUCUAAAAGACAGAGUGAAGUCAUUGCAGACGGAUUCUAGUAACACAGACACGGCACUAGCAACCUUAGAAGAAGCUCUGUCAGAAAAGGAAAGAAUAAUAGAGCGCUUGAAGGAGCAAAGGGAGCGAGAUGACAGAGAAAGACUUGAAGAAAUUGAAUCUUAUAAGAAAGAAAACAAAGACCUGAAGGAGAAAGUUAAUGCUUUACAAGCUGAACUGACAGAAAAAGAGUCUAGUUUAAUCGAUCUCAAAGAACAUGCAUCUUCAUUGGCAUCAGCAGGGCUGAAAAGAGACUCCAAACUUAAGUCUUUAGAAAUAGCCAUAGAACAAAAGAAAGAAGAGUGUAGUAAGUUGGAAGCACAGUUGAAAAAGCAAGCUGAACAGUUGUUCAAUCAGAUGUACAAUCCAAUGCCAAUUAGGAAUAAUGGGAAGCAAGGGGCUCAUGAGGCUGAAGAGGAGGCACGGAUGAAUCCAGAAUUUGCAGAUAGAAUGAAACAGCUUGACAAAGAGGCAUCGUACUAUAGAGAAGAAUGUGGCAAAGCUCAGGCUGAGGUUGACAGACUUCUAGAAAUACUCAAGGAAGUAGAGAAUGAGAAGAAUGACAAAGAUAAGAAAAUUGCUGAGUUAGAAAGCUUGACUUCCAGACAUAUGAAGGACCAAAACAAGAAGGUUGCCAAUCUGAAGCACAAUCAACAAAUGGAGAAAAAGAAGAAUGCGCAGUUGUUGGAAGAAGUUCGUAGGCGAGAGGAUAAUAUGACAGACAACUCUCAACAUUUACAAGUGGAAGAGCUGAUGAAUGCACUGGAAAAGACUAGACAAGAAUUAGAUUCUACCAAAGCUCGUCUAGCUUCAACACAGCAGUCUUUGGCUGAAAAAGAAGCACAUCUGGCUAACCUGAGAAUAGAGCGAAGAAAACAGCUUGAAGAAAUUCUAGAAAUGAAACAGGAAGCUUUACUUGCUGCAAUUAGUGAAAAAGACGCAAACAUUGCCUUGCUUGAACUGUCUGCUUCAAAGAAAAAGAAGACUCAAGAGGAAGUAAUGGCUCUUAAGCGAGAGAAGGACAGAUUAGUACAUCAGUUAAAACAGCAGACACAAAACAGAAUGAAACUGAUGGCAGAUAACUACGAUGAUGACCAUCACCACUACCACCACCAUCACCACCACCACCAUCAUCGAUCUCCUGGGAGGCCACAACACUCCAACCACAGACCCUCUCCAGAUCAGGAUGACGAGGAGGGUAUAUGGGCAUAGCCGUUCCUAUAAACCAAAGUUCCAGUUUUGUUUUGAGGGAUGAUCCAGUCACUGUUGGAGGCACAUAGCCACGGCAAAAUCUCAUGCUGUACAUUGAUCACCUGUCCAACCUUUGCCUAGAGUGUGAUCCCCAGUUCCUUCAAGAGAUCCAUCUUUACCUGUCUAUAAAGAAGAAGAGGAGGAGGGAGACAUCUGGGAUAUUCAAGUAUCAAAGUUUAACACCAGAGCAGUUGUCAGAGGAACUAGCGAAAGAGGAAGAAAAAAUGUAGCACUGGAAGGUAACGAUGAUAAUCUAUUGCAUUGGAUCUCCAAACAUGACCAUGAUAUCCUGGAGAAGAUCACAGAUGCAGAAAAAUGAAUGCUAAGGUUGAUAUCUAAUGAAAUGCUGCAUUAAUUGGCAUUUUCUCCAUUAUUUUUUGUAGUCUACUAUGAAAUUAGAUACUGUGGAAAAUAAUGAAGGAGACUCAAGCAGAAAUUAUAAGAGCUUCAUUUCUGUCUUUAAUGGGUCUUGCAAGUUAUUCUGUUUUCACAAAGAAACCAUCUGUUCAGAAUAUUAUUGUUUAAUGCAGUUCAGUUAAACAGGUUAUUUAACUAAUUUUUGGUAAAUUGAUAUUGAUUUCAAUAAGUAAUUCAGAUUCUCUUAGGUGUGGUAUCUGCAUUUGCUGAUUUUACCUAGUCUAUUCUAACGUAUCACUUCUAUUGCACUAGAUUAUCAAAGAGGUAUUAGUAAAAUGCUAUAUAAGGGUGUUGGCAGUAAUCUUACCCCCAGUUAGAUGUGGGCUUUUCCAAAAAAUAAAAUCCAAGCCUUUACCCUCCUCUGUUUUCUUACAUCUACUGAUAAAAUAAUAAUUAAAAAAAAACUCCAACAAAACAAAACCCAAAAAACAUUGAUGGUAUAACCGGUAUUAAGCUCUGGGCCAGGUUGGAAAUGAAAUCAAUUUUUGGUACUAAUAACCGAUGACAAAGAUUGGCUUUAUGAAAAUAUGGUGUGUGUCUCUGACAAUGCAUAGGACAUCUAAUUUGAGCAUAAAUAUAAGAUUAUAUACAAGAUGUAUCUAUUCCUGGAUGGUAAAAGCUUGAGGCGUAUAUAAAUACAAAUGUAUGUAUAUAUAUGGACAUAUACACAAGGAUGUUUCAACCUUUUACCAUCCAAAUGCAUACAGGUUUUCAAAAAUAAAAGCUGGGACUCUUAAAAAAAACAAAAAUAAAGAUAAGAUUGCUGUGAAUACAGUAUAUGCACUAGGUCUCCUGUAAAUGAGGAACUGUUUGUUAUUGUUUUCUACAUGGAAAAAGUCUCCAACAUGGAUCCCAACAAAUCUUAGAUGUUAAAGAAGAAAAUACCGAUGAACAAAUAGCACUUAAAGGCUGUUUGUAUCAACAAAAUGUGUCUAGUAAAAUAAAUUUAAAGCACAUGCAAUGAAAAAUAAAAAUGCAAAGCUAUUACAUUCAGCGAGAGAAGAUACCUGAUAGUCAAAUCUCUACCACUUCUCAAGGAGAGGAUCCUUAGGACUCCACGAACAUUUUCAGUCAGUCUGGCAAACGUGCAAAUGUUUGGUUGUUUUAUCGAGGCAUCUUUUUGUCCAUGGAAGAAAUGCUUCCAUGUUGAUGGGAGUGGGAAUAGAAUAUCUGCAUUUUUAAAGGACAAACAAUAAAUUUAAGCAUGGGUGGCCUUAAUCCUUAGUAGUUUUUCUUUGCUGCUGUAAAAAAAAAAAAAAAAAAAAAUCUAAAUGGAUA